AUGUGUCGGCCGAUCGCGAUGCUGUGCGCGCUGCUGUGCGUCUGCCUCGGCGCGGCGCAUCUGUGCGCGGCGGGCACGAGCCGGACACUCAACCUGAGACCCGUCAUCGGUGUGUUGGCCCAGGAAAACCUUCCAGGAGACCUGUCUGCUCGCGGCUCAUCAUACAUCGCUGCCUCCUACGUUAAAUACAUAGAGAGCGGCGGCGCGAGGGUUGUACCCAUCAGAAUCAAUCGCACAGAAAGAGAGUACGCAGACAUUUUCUCCUCAAUAAACGGGUUGCUGCUGCCGGGAGGAGGCGUCGAUAUUGAAACGUCGCAGUUCAGUCGAGCUUCCAAGAUCUUCUACGACCUGGCUCUGAGGGCCAACGACGCCGGGGACUUCUUCCCUAUCUGGGGAACUUGUCAGGGCCUCCAGCAGCUGACUGUCCUCACGGCCAACGAGAACCUGCUCACCCUCACCGACACCAGGGCUGUGGCUCUGCCUCUCAACCUGACCCCAGCGGCCAAGUCCAGCCGUCUCUUCCGAAAUUUCCCCGAAGAACUGCUGCAGACUCUGGGCAAGGAAAACAUCACCUCCAACUUCCACAAAUGGAGUCUGUCUACGCAGAACUUUAGCCGAAAUGCCAUUCUGAAGAGGUUUUACAAGGUCCUGUCCACUAACAAUGAUGGGAAGAAAGAAUUCAUCUCCACCAUGGAAGCCUACCGCUACCCAUUUUAUGCAGUGCAGUGGCAUCCAGAGAAAACCACCUUUGAGUGGAUUGAUAAGCCGGGAAUGAUUCACUCCACCGCCGCUGUGAGAGCCAGCUUCUACACUGGCAGCUUCUUUGUCUCUGAAGCCAUGAAGAACCAGCACCAUUUCUCCAGCCCUGAGAAGGAGGAGCAAGCUCUCAUCUAUAACUUUUCUCCCCUCUACAUAAGGGGUCGCGGCAACUUCGUGGAGAACUAUUAUUUCGAUUGA